AUGGGUUGGAACAACCUAUUCGGCAAAAAAGGCGACUCGCUGACUCAAUCCAACUCCCAGCGCAAUCUCAGCAAGGCGCGGCGGCAAAAAGGCGGAGAGGCGGAGUCGUCCUCUCCGGGGGGAGCGCAAGCGGCGGAGGCACAUCCGGGAGCAGGAGCAGAGCCCGCGUCGUGGGACGGGCGGCGGGAGCGGGAGCCGCUGGAAGCGGCGCAACGAUCGCCGCAGGCGUUGCAGCAGUCGCUGGCGUCGCCCGCGCAACUUUCCCCGAAGCCGAUGGGCGCGGGGGUGCAGCAGGGGGAGGUGCAGGGGGGAGCGCGCGAGGAGCAGCAACAGCGGCAGCAGCAGCAGUUUGCGCAGCGACCGCAAGCGCAGCCGUCGCCGCCUCCGCAGCAGCAGGCGCCGUUCUCUCAGCCGCUCAUGCAGGCUCCCCAUUGGACGGGCGGAGGCUUCGCCGCGUCCGCCACAGGGCGGAGAAGCGGGGAGCGGGGCAGAGCGCAGGAGGGCAUGGGCGGAGCGGGCCCGGGGGGAACGAGCCCAAUGGGGGGGGUUAACGUGAGCGCAUUGGUUGGGGGGGCGAUGAUUGGGGCAGUCGGGGGAGCAACGCCGCCCAGGGACGCGCGGGUGCCUGCCGCGGGCGCGGGGGGAGCGCAGGCGAAGGCGCAGCAGGACGACGGCAUGGGGCGAGGCGCGUACCCCGCCUCCCGCGACUACUACCCCUCGCAGGGCGUCCCCACGCCGCACGGCACAGCCUCGGGCGCAGCUUCGGAACCCUGGCGCCAAGCCAGCGAGGCAGGCUCGGCGGUACGGCCGUGGGAGGUGCUGGGGGGGAUGAAGGAGGAGGAGUGGGCGGCGUUCAAGGGGUGGGUGGAGUCCACGUGGCGCUGCCGCCGCUGUGGCAGCCCCAGGGACGAUUUCACCGACCACCCUGUAGCCAUGGCCCUGCUGCAGCGCUGCGGUAUCAGCCCCCCCAGCAGCGCCGGCCAACCCGCCUCCUCCCCUCUCCACUCUGACGGCAGUGGAAGGUUCUCCGCACCUUCCUGGCAGCGGCAGCAGGGGGUGGGGGGCGGGGGCGGAGGGGAUGUGCAGAGGGGGGCGGUGGAUGCGCGCAGUCAUGGGGGCGGGUCCCCCCUGAACCCCUCCUCCAAGCGCCACUCCUUUGACGCCUCCCCUCUUGCCUCCACCACCACCACCAGCACCUUCACCGCCGGGCUAGGCGGGGACUACAAGGGGCAGGGGAACAGAAACUUCGACGAAAGCGCCCUGCAGGAGGUGCGGGCGCGGCUGGAAAUGGGGGGGGUGGGCGGAGGGGGAGGGGGAGGGGGGGGAAGAGGCGGGGGCGGGCUGGCGCGGACGAUGAGCAACACGGAGGUGCUGCAGAGGAAGCUGCUGGCGGCCAUCACGCGCGCGCACCAGGUGUAUUUCAUCGACAAGGAGCCGAACGGCAGCCUGGUGUUUGACUACCUGCUGUCCGCACUGCUGGAGGUGACCGAGUCCAUGUUCGGGUUCAUCUCGUCCGCGCUGCUCAAGGCCGAUGGCACGCCCUACCUCAAGACCCAUGCAAUGACGAACGUGGCGUGGAGCAAGGAGCUGAGGGCGUGGUACGCGGCCAACAGCCACAAGGGGCUCGUCUUCACCAACCUCAACACCCUCCACGGCACCGUGGUGCUCACAGGGCAACAGGUGCUCACUAACGAUGCUCGCAACGACCCCAGGUCGAGAGGAGUCCCUCCAGGCCACCCCCCGAUCGACAAGUUCAUGGGCAUCCCCCUCUACACCGGCACCGAGCUCAUCGGCGUCUUUGCCGUGGCCAACCGGGCGGCGGGGUACGAUGAGCAGCUGGUGAAGGAGAUUGAGCCGCUCACCAUGACCAUUGCCCAGAUGAUCUAUGCUGUGAAUGAGCGGAAGAGGCGCAAGGAGGCGGAGCUGCACUUGUCGAGUGUUGUGCAGGUUGCGAAGGAGGGCAUAAUGUCCCUGGCGCACAGCGGGCAUGUGACCUCCAUGAACCUGUCAGCGCGCCAGAUGUUUGGCUUUGCACAGCCGGGGGACGCGCCCCUGCCGGGCAGCAUGCGCGAGGGCGUGGCGGCGCCCGCCAACCUGCAGCUCAAGGACCUGCUCGUGGAGAUUGAUGGCCACCGCGACAUGCUCACGGCUGGGGGGCUGGACCACGCGUCAGGGCAGGUGCACAAGGGCACGGGGUUCCGCACGGACGGCAGCACGUUCCCCCUCGAGAUCUCCCUCUCCAAGGGCAACUACGACACCGUCUUCUAUGUCGCCGUGCUCAGAGACAUCUCAGAACGGCUCGAGGCGGAGAAGAAGCUCAAGGAGAGCGAGGAGCGGUGGCUGUAUGCGCUGUCGGGCAGUGAUGACGGAGUGUGGGACUGGAACGUGCGCGACAACACCAUGUUCUUCUCUGAUCGCUGGAAGCAGAUGCUCGGCUACGAGCCUGGCGACAUUGGGUCAACGCUAGACGACUGGGAGCGGCUGCUCCACCCGGAGGACAAGGACCGCGCGUAUGCAGACCUCAAGGAGCACCUGGACGGCGUGACGGCGCAGUUUGUGAACGAGCAGCGCCUGCGGUGCAAGGACGGGUCGUGGCGCUGGUUCCUGCACCGCGGCAAGCUGCUCUCCAAGACGGACGAUGGCGAACCGCUGCGUUUCGUGGGCACGCACACUGACAUCACUGACCGCAAGGUGGCGGAGCAGGCGAUGAUGGACGCUAAGGACGAGGCUGAGAGGGUGUCGCGCGCCAAAGCAGGCCUUAUACUCACACGCCACCAAUGUGUGCGAGGUGCACUCUGUGUCGAAUCAAACACACCCCGCCCUCCAUCCCUCUCACCUGCAGAUUUCCUGGCCACAAUGAGCCAUGAGAUCCGCACCCCCAUGAACGGCGUCGUGGGAAUGACGGCCCUCCUGCUCGACACCCACUUGACCCCCGAGCAACGGGACCGCGUGCUCACCAUCAGAGACUCGGGCGACAUGCUGCUGCAGAUCAUCAACGACAUCCUCGACUACUCCAAGAUCGAGUCCGGCAAGCUGGACAUGGAGCAGACGCUCUUCAACGUCGUGCAGGCGGUAGAGCGCGUGGCGGAGCUGCUCAUCCACAACGCCGAGUCCAAGGGGCUCGACAUCGUGAUCGAGAUCGAGCCGGAGACGCCCGUGUUCCUGGUGGGGGACGCCGGGCGCACGCUGCAGGUGCUGAUUAAUCUCGUGUCGAACGCUAUUAAGUUUACGGAGAAGGGGUAUGUGAAGUUCCGGUUGGAGGCGGAGAUUGGCGCGCCGUGCCUGCUGCAACUCCCCUCCUCCACCUCCACCUCUUCCGCUGCCGCUGCUGCUGCUUCUGGUUCCGCUGCAGCUCGUGGUGCGGCUGGGUCGCCUUUCAGGGACUCUCCUGAUGCCAGUGGCACUAACAGUCCUGCACAUGGGGCAUCGGGGAGCAUAGGAGCCGCCAUGCUGGCCGCGCAGCAGGAGGCGAGGGCCGCACGGGCACGGGCGCAGGAGGCGGCAGCGGCACAGGAGGCGGGCGUGCUGUACUGGGUGUGCCACGUCAGCGACACGGGGAUUGGCAUUCCCAAGGAGCGCAUCGGCCGCCUCUUCACCAAGUUCUCCCAGGUGGACGCCUCAACAACGAGAAGGUUCGGAGGAACAGGGCUCGGGCUGGCAAUCUCAAAGCAGCUGGUGGAGCUGAUGGGCGGCCGCAUAUCAGUGCACAGCGAGUUCCGCCGCGGCUCCACCUUCACCGUGCGCCUGCCCGUCAACACCCACCACCCCGCCUACGCCGCCGUCGCCGCUCUCAACCCGCCGCUCCCCACGCCCUCCACGCCCUCCGCCCACUCCGGCCACUCGGCUUCUGUGCUCUCCCCCGAGUCGCCUGCUGCGGCCGGCACAUCUUCCUAUGCGUCGUCGGGUCCGCUGCCCGUGCCGCUGGUUGUGCCGCCUGAGUUCCAAUCCAUCCGCGUGCUGCUCGUGAGCCCGCUCGAGGUGACAGUGUGUGCAAUGCAGAAGCAGCUGGAGGCAUGGAAGGUGCCGCACGCGUGCCUCACCUGCACGCCAGAAGAGGCCUUCCUCAAGAGGCUCCCUGCCGGCUCUCUGCCGCCCGCGCCGCCCCUGCCAGCCGGCCAACCGGCGCCCGCCACGUGGCGCGACGGGUCGGCGCGCAAGGGGCUGGCGGAGGACUAUGAUUUGAUUGUGAUUGACUGCUCUAACAAGCCGCAGCUCAUCGACCCCAUGUCGUCUGCGGUGUUGGAGCUGUUGGGGAGGGAGCGCGUGGGGGUGGUGGUGCUGCUGAAGCGGUCGCAGGUGACGGAGAGGACAGAGGGCGAGCUCAAGGCCGUGCGCUACUGGCGCGACCGCUGCCCCGCCAUGCUCAAUAAGCCCAUGGUGCGCCCCAAGGCACUGCUGGAGGCGAUGGAAUCGGCCAUGCAGAGCACCCCCGGCGGCGAGGGCCUGUUCCUGUCGUCGGGGCGGCGCAGGCAGCAGCCGCGGCCCGCUGCGAGGAGCAUGGGGCCGAAGCUGAGUGGCCGCAUCCUGCUGGCUGAAGACAACCUGAUAAACCAGAAGGUGGCAAAGUCGAUGCUGGCACAGCUGGGCGUGACCAUAGACAUUGCCAACAAUGGCGUGGAGGCUGUCAGCCUCUUCCAGAAGAACAAAUACAACCUCAUCCUCAUGGACUGCCAGGUCCGCAACCUCAUCACCACGGACUGCCAGAUGCCGGAGAUGGACGGGUGGGCAGCCAGUCGCAGGAUCAGGGAGCUGGAGGCACAGCAGGCACAGCCAUCCGUCACCAUUGUCGCCCUUACGGCCAACGCACUCAAGGGCGACAGGGAGCAGUGCCUCGCUGCCGGCAUGACAGGUGAGGGUGUGAGAGGUGAGGGUGUGAGAGGUGAGAGAAUGACAGGUGAGGGUGUGAAAGACUACAUGUCCAAGCCUGUCAGCAAGGCCGCUCUGGAACGGGUUCUCAGGCAAUACCUGGACAAGGCAUCAACUGAGGGAGGCGUGAAAUGA